AUGCUUCCACAUGUUUUGUCUACAUGGAAACAACCUGAAUAUAAAGCAUGGGAAGAUUGGAAAAAUUCAUUACAAUUAUAUUCUAUUUACUUAAAAAAACAUGAACUUACACUAACAGUACCUACAUUUUAUAUGAACCAAACGGUAGAUGAAAAUGGAACUACAUUUGAAGAAUUAAUGAAAGAGUAUAACUUAGUAUUUAUUGUUCCAAAUAAUAAUAUAACUAUAAUAGAAAAAAUGGUUAUUCCAUGGUUAAGUAAAGAAGAAAGCACUCCAAAGAAGUAUAUUGGUAUUCAAUUUCAUAGUGUUUAUAAUUUUGGAUUUGGUGGUACUGACAUUAAUUAUAUGAUUGAAUUAAAAGAAUUAGACGUAAAAUUAAAAAAUAAAUACAAAAAUUAUGGAGGAAUUGAUGUAUUAGAUUAUGAAUUCUUUAAACAAUAUUAUCAAAAACAUAAUUAUAAAAAUAGUUUAUAUCCAUCUUUUAGAACAAUAUAUUUUAAUUAUUUUAAUUCGUAUGAAAAGAAUGAAAUUAAUAAAGCAAUUCAAAUAUGUCAAGAAAUUAAUUCUUCAAUAUCACUUGAUAUAAGUGAAAUUGAUAGUGAGUAUUUUAUGGAUUGUGACUCAUUUAUUAAUGUACUUUCUUCUAUUAAAAAAGCUGGAGUAACUUAUAAAUUAUUAUUAAAUAGGUCGUUAUGGUUAAAAGAAUGGUUUGUCUUCCUUAACUUUUUUCAUCAUAAAUGUGUACAUCAAAUUGAAAAUAUUUAA